AUGGGUUCCAUCGGCUUUGCCGAGCCGACCCUCCUCGACCUUGUCCCAACUCUCGUGGGCGAGUCCAAUUUUUCUACGUGGGCUACUUCACUCAAGUGGACCCUGGACUCGCGCGACCCUCGAUAUUACGAACUUCUCACUGGCAUGUGGAGUGAACCCAGUGCAGUCGACCCUACACAGCCUACCCCCACUGAAGUCAAGGCUCGUACACAGUGGGACACCGCCAGUCGUUACCUUCUCCCACUACUCAACGCAACUGUUCAUCAAACAGUCAGGUUCUACAUUCUCGACGCGAAUAACGCACGUACCGCAUACUCCAACCUCCACCGCGUCUUCGCAGCCCGGUCUUACGAAGCAGGUUUCGCCAAUUUUCUGAAGUUCAUGAACACCACAUACACUUCCAACAAGCCUCAAGCUUUCGUCAACGAGUGGCGUGACGCCCUUGGUGAGCUCCAGGAGUGCAAUUCGACCAAGCUCACGCCUCUUCUCAUCUUUUAUCACUUCCUGCACGCAGUCAGUGCCAAUCCAGCCGCGCAUUCAUGGCUCGACAGUUUCCUGAAUUCGAAAGUCACCACCGAUACAACCAUCGAAGCAACCUUUGCGGACUUCGUCGUUUCUGAAGAUCGUCGCCUCAACACUCUCAAUCAAGCUCACUCUUUUAGCUUGCCAAAGGUUAAUCAUCUCCCCUUCUUUUGUCGGUUUCAUAAUCGCCAAUCUGGUCAUUCCAGUGACCACUGCUUCCGCAACCCGAUCAACAAAGUCCCGUUUGGUAAAGCGGCUACGGCUCCAGUUACGGCUCCUGCUUCUGCUCAACAUACAGUCACCCAAGACCCGCCACAAGAAUAG